UCUUAAGUAGCAUGUUAGCCUAGUGAAAAUUCGCAAAUUCAACUGAAACUCUAUUGAGCCCUUUACUAUCUAUUUUUUUAACGUCAUUAAGUUUGAGGUUGAAUAUAUCUCAAGCUAUUUUAAUUGUAUUGAAUGUGCCAAUUUUGAUAUUCGGUAUAUUUGUAGAUUCAAGAUAUACUACAAAAGGUCCACGAUCUCUUUCGGAGUAGGUAUUAACCUUUUUUUCUUCCUGAGAAUUAUUGCCGGAAGUCUGAUUUUGAUUUUUUUCGGAAUUACUAGUCAUUGUAAUUUUAGCCGAAAGUAUCAGGAUAAGGGGGCUAAGCCCCUCCUUUUUCUCACUCAUUGUAAGAAAAUCCAGUCAAUGAAGUAUUAAUAACUAGAAAGCAAAAAUAAAUAAAAAGAGCAAGCAAAAUAGCAUAAAAGAAUGCCGCUUGAAAAAAAUAUAAGCAAAAAUGCUCAACUUACCUAUAUGCAAACACUUAGAGCCGUUUGCACUGACUAUAUUAAGGCUAGCUUAAGAUAAGUCCCGCUUAAAGUAAAUAUUUUGCGUUGCAUAGGGCCGUUUGCACCGACUAUAUUAAGGCUAGCUUAAGAUUAAGGCCCGCUUAAAGUAAAUAUUUUCGUUGCACCGUAUGUCAAACUCGAUUUAAACCUCACUUAAUUUAAGCCGUCAAAUUCGGCGGCUUAAGAAAACUUAAAUGUUUAAGGGCCGUUUGCACCGACUAUAUUAAGGCUAGCUUAAGAUUAAGGCCCGCUUAAAGUAAAUAUUUUCGUUGCACCGUAUGUCAAACUCGAUUUAAACCUCACUUAAUUUAAGCCGUCAAAUUCGGCGGCUUAAGAAAACUUAAAUGUUUAAAACUCUGACUUAACCUCAAAUUUGCUAAUUUGUUUGUUGAUGAUACAUAUUAUUUUUUAUAAAAAGAAAAUGGAUAUUUUCAAUGAUGAUUUGGAUUUGUUGGAAAUAAUAGAACAUGGUUUUCCGAGACGGGUAUUUGUUCGGCCUAAUUAUUUCCAAACAAUGGACAAUUUAACUUUCUUUAGAACAUUUAGAUUUUACAAAGAAACUGUUUUGUUUAUCUUAACUUUAAUUGAAGAUCGUCUGGAAUUUCCUGAUAACAGGAACAAUAGCCUUAGUCCAAUGAACCAGUUGCUAACUUGCCUGAGAUAUUUUGCUAGCUCAGGUUUUCUGAUAACUGUUGCACAAUUUAUGCACAUUGAUGUAGCUACAGCCAGCAGAACGAUAGCAAGAGUAUCCAGGGAGUUAGCAACAUUGUAUCCAAGAUUUAUUAAAAUGCCUACAACCCAAAGAGAGAUCCUGACACACCAAGAAAAAUUUUACUCGAUGUUUAGAUUUCCACGAAUUAUAGGGGCAGUUGAUGGAACCCAUAUAAGGAUACAAUCACCUGGUGGAAAUGAUGCUGAAGUGUUUAGAAACAGAAAAUCAUUUUUUUCUCUGAAUGUUCAAGUGGUCUGUGAUGCAGAUAUGAAAUUUGAAAAUGUUGUAGCAAGGUGGCCAGGAUCCACCCAUGAUGCUACUAUCUUUAACAACUCACGACUCAAAGCCAGCUUCAUUGCCAAUGAAUUUAGAAACUGCAUACUAAUUGGAGACAGUGGAUAUCCACUUCAAGAGUACUUUAUGACUCCAUUAGAUCAGCCAAAUACUAGAGCAGAAUCACUAUAUAAUGAAUCCUUAAUAAGAACAAGGAAUAUAAUAGAAAGGACUAUUGGUAUUUGGAAAAGAAGAUUCCCAAUAUUAGCUUAUGGCAUGAGAUUAAAAUUAGAAACAGAUAUGGCUAUUAUAAUUGCAACAGCUGUAUUGCAUAAUAUAGCCCGUUCAAUGAAUGAACCUGAACCAGCAGUUCCUGCCGAUUUAAACCUCCAGGAAAUAAAUUAUUUAAUACAAACACAGAACAUAAAUAUGCCUCUAAACAAUGACAACAGACAUAAUAAUCGAAUUAAUAUUACCCAAAGAGAAAUUUUGCAUUAUUUCAGGAACCUACAAUAGAUUUAUUACCUAAAAUAGUUAUUUUUCAUGUAUUUUAUUUUUAAAAUAAAACUAUAUAUUUA